GACCCGAGUCAAAACGCAAAACCAUUUCCGAGCCCGGCAAACGCAGAUGGCGGAGCUGACCGCAGCCACCGAUGCCGCCGCCGCCCCGCCGCCUCCACCUGAGCCAACCCCACCACCGGAGCCCACGGUCACGGCCGGUGCGGAGCAGAGGGUCGCUCAUACUGCUCCUCCGCCCGAUGUGCCGGCACCUCAGCCGCCGCCGGCGAGGAAGCGGAAGCUGGAGGAGGCGGGGUUCCAUAACUCCGCCUACUACAAGAUCCGCGCCGCCAUCGCCGACCUUCGUGUCCGUUUCGUGCAGGUUUACGAAGCUACCGAUUUCCGAAAAAGUGAUGCUGCUCGUGAGAUUCUGAAAGAGAUAAAGGGUGUCAUGGAGCUAUCCAAGAAAAUGAGGCAUGAUCUUGGUGCCACUUUUGAACCUGCAAAGCUACCAGAGAAGCCCUUAGCUGGAGUUGUGAAGGAUGGGCAAGCGGAACCACCUCCAUCUGGAGAAAACAAUCAUGCUCCUCAGACAGGUCAGACUACAGUGUGUUCAAAUAUUGUAAAUGAUGUUGCGCCAACCAACCCAAACUCGGAGGGUGCGGCAAAGAUAGGGGAAGCCCAAAACAGCGAGCUUGCAGAUCGUCCGAAAGAUCUAGACGAAAUUGCGCAGGGGUCUUGUGUGACAGGUGGAUCUCCUAUUGGCUGGAAUUUUCUUGUCUGGCCUGGGGGUAAAGUGGUUUACUAUGGGCGAACCAAAGAAGUGUUUCUGGCGAGUCAAGCUGAAAAUUAAUCAUGUGCUGUUCACAUUCAGUCUUAUGACUGGUAAUGUACCAUUCAACUGUGGGAAGAUGAUUUAUUGAAUGUGGUAAUGCACCAUUCGAUUGUGAUAGGAUUAGUCUUAAAAAAAAUGUGGUAGGAUGAUUUCUAGUGUGGUGUUCCCAGUCGUCUGACUGACAAUGUACCAUUAUGGGAGGAUUGGAGGAUGAAUUGUAGUAUGCGGUUUUCGCAUUCAGUCUCCUGGCCGGUAUUGUACUGGAGUAUUCAAUUGUAAGAGGAUGAUCUAGUUGUUAAACAUCUAUUACAAUGUAACUGAUUCCUGCAUGACAUUCUGUUCUUGUAUGAAAUACUAUUAUGCUGCACGACCAUAUCUCUUCAGCUUGGAUG